GCGCUGGUUAGACCCGCUCGUUCAGCGCUUUAAAGCGGCAGAAAUGUCCCUCACAGCCACCGUUUGACACAAUAACUGCACACACAGCACACAGGACAGUGUGCCGCCGUCCUCUGCGCCGUCGUACAGCCCGCAGCGGCGGUGUGGGACGCGGCGGGAGCGGAGCGAGGAGCGCGACAGCGACACGGUGGGAGCUGCGGAGAGCGAGCGAACCGCAGCAGAUAAAAACCUCCAGCUCCUGCUGACAUUUUCUAUCCGGACACCGCGGCUGGAAAACGGACACUCGGAGCGCGGAGAUGCCGGGGAUGAUGGAUAAAGGCUCGGAGUAUUUGGGGAAAGGUCGCUCGAACGGAACCAAGAGUCCGUCCAACGCUUCUAACGGACAUUUUUCUGACGAAAGCGGCAGCGACGACGAACACGAUGUGGGGAUGCGGGUCGGAGCCGACUACCAGGCCAACAUUCCCGAGUUCGAGCCCGGUGAGGGUCCGCUGGUUUGUACCGGAGUGACGGACCGAGGUAGCCUCGGCUCCACCAAGUACUCGGACAAAGACAGCGGCGGGAUGCUCGUCUGGUCUCCGUAUCAUUGCAUCAUCGACUCCAAACUGGACGAAUACAUCGCCAUCGCCAAAGAGAAACACGGAUACAACGUGGAGCAGGCUCUCGGGAUGCUCUUCUGGCACAAACACAACAUUGAGAAAUCUCUGGCCGACCUUCCGAACUUCACUCCGUUUCCAGACGAGUGGACGGUGGAGGAUAAAGUUCUGUUCGAACAGGCCUUCAGCUUCCACGGGAAGAGCUUCCACCGCAUCCAGCAGAUGUUACCAGACAAAUCCAUCUCCAGUCUGGUGAAGUACUACUACUCCUGGAAGAAGACUCGCUCCAGAACCAGUCUGAUGGACCGACAGGCUCGCAAGCUGGCCAACAGGAGCAACCAGGAAGACAGUGAUGAGGAGAUGGAGGAGGCCAAUCCCGUAGAAGCCAACGACAGCGACUACGACCCCAACAAGGAGACCAAGAAAGAGAACCAGGUGGAGCCAGCGGUACUGGGCUCUAAGGUGGCUCUGGGCCGGCGGGAGCACCAGACCCUCCAGCACCGGCACCACCAGCGCUCUCGCUGCCGCCCCCCCAAAGGCAUGUACCUGACCCAGGAGGACGUGGUGGCCGUGUCCUGCAGCGCCUCGGCAGCAAACACUCUCCUCCGUCAGCUGGACAUGGAGCUGGUGUCCCUCAAGAGACAGUGUUUACGUCUCGUUGUUCAGGUGCAGAAUGCCAAACAGAUGAACAGCGGACUGAAACACGUUCUGGAGUCUGGGAUCGAAGAGUUCAGGCUGCCUGAGUGUAACCAGAAGGUGAACGCCCGCUGGACCACAGACGAGCAGCUCCUGGCUGUUCAAGGUGUCAGGAAAUACGGGAAAGAUUUCCAGGCCAUCGCCGACGUCAUCGGCAACAAGACGGUGGGCCAGGUGAAGAACUUCUUUGUGAACUACCGGCGGCGGUUCAACCUGGACGAGGUGCUGCAGGAGUGGGAGGCCGAGCAGGGGACGCGAGCUCCCAACGGAGACAGCGCCACCUCUGGAGAGGAGGGGAAGAACAGCUCCACCACUCCGUCGGGGAAGAGCACCGACGAGGAGGAUGAAGAGGGUCAGGUGACUUCCUCAGGUGCGUCUCCUGCUGCCUCCUCGUCUUCUUCAGCUCAGAUUCCAGUGACUUCCAGCACCUCCUCCUCCUCUCUCCAUCAGCCCCCUCCCCUCCUGCGGCCCUCCCUACCCGCCACGCCCUCCCUGCACCGCCAGCCGCCGCCUCUCCAACAGCAGGCCCGCUUCCUGCAGCCCCGCCCCACACUGCAGCAGCCGCCGCCCCUCAUCCGCCCCUCCAACCCCCUGCCCCCCCGCCUCAACCCCCGACCUCCCGCUCCGAUGACCCUCUGCGGCAACCCCGGGGGAUCAGGUCCGAGCUCCACCCAGCAGCCUCCCGGCCUGGCUGUCCACCAAUCAGAGACGGCCUCGUCUUCCUCCCACUAACAAACAUCAGAGUUUCUGAAGAAGAAAGUCUGAAGCUGCUGCGUUCAGGUCCUGUGGGAAAAUCUGACUUUAUUGUGCAAAACAGCUUUUCUACUCUCAACACACAUGAAUGAAACAUUUACACUAAACAAAACAAUCUUUGUUAUCUGGUGAACAUUUUUUUGUGUUUUAGGGGGUUGAAGUUCUUUCCCACAGGACUCGACCUGCAGUGUACCUGCUGGUUGAUGGACACCUGGUUUUAAAAUCUUUAAAAGAUUGUUGACCUUUUCAGUCAUUAACUAAUCCUCAGCAGACAUAUGGCGUCCCACAGGGUUCAAUCCUAGGUCCCUUCUUUUUCUCCAUCAGUUUGCCUCCUCUUCGACAUAAAACACAAACCGGUAAAGCAUUUCGAGGCCAGUGGUUUAGUCGCACUCAUGAGCUAAAUGAAUCUGACUUUGAUCAUUUCAUUGUUUUUGUGUCUUUAUCUUCCGGGGUUCACUACAUGUGUACAUUACUGCUGGAAACAAACAUACCUGCUCCCCUUUAGAUUAUAAUGACCUAUUGAUCUUUCCUGUAGUGCCACCAUCAGGACAAACUUUACAUUUUUAGUUCCACAGGAGACUAUUUUCAGCAGCGGAUUGAUCCGCAUACGGUGCUGUGAGUACUUGUGGCAGCAGGAUGGUGAAUAAAUAAUCUACAGUGUGUGUUCAUGGUGACGAAGGCUCACUGAUUUGUUUUAAUAGUUUUUGGACACAAUGGAGCUCUAUGGCACAGAGGAAUAUCAGGCUUCUGCAGUUUAUAUGAUUUGUGCUCACCCAAAAUGUUUGUGUAACAGAUGGAGAUUAAACUGAAGGCCUCAGUGUACGGUAGCAUUAACGUGUACAGUUUGAAUCAUUUGUAAUCUAUCCAAUCAGCCGUCAGUAACUCGUGACAAACAGCUGCUGCACGUUUGGUUUCACAGUUGAUUUGAUGUGUUUUAAAAACACUAAAGUUUCAGCCCCACCCCUUUUCCACCGAGGCAGUUUGAGGGCCGGUUCGGAGCCGGUGCCUAAUCUCAGACCAGUUCUUCACGUUUCGACAGCCAAAGAACCGAGUCUCCGCUAGAAAGUGGUUCCAAUGCAGCACUAAGACUUACUGUCCUAACCUCUUACAUCAGGGGCCAGGGGCCAGCCAGCUGUGUAUUUAUUCAUGUUAUUUUAUUGAUAACUAAUUUCUCACAUUAAUGUUAGAAAUGUAACUUUGAGCUAGUAUGCUAGCGAGCUAGCUAGCUGUUGGUCUAGCUAACAUUAUUCAAGCAAACAUGGUUACUAAUUUCUCAAAUUGAUGCUUUGGUCGUAACAUUGUUAAAAACUUUAAUGUUCAGGGUUCGUAACAUUGAUGUAAGAAAUUAGUAGCUAUGUUUGCUUGAAUAAUGUUAGCUGACCAACAGCUAGCGAGCUAGGAUAACUUUGGUAACAAUAGCUAAUGUUGGAGAUGUAAUGUAAUGACAUGGCUCUAUGGUGGCUCAUUAGCCUGUGGAAAAGCAAACCAGUGAAGGUUCCUGAGUGGAAGGAGCUCUGAACCGGCACCAGAACCACAACCAGCGCUGGGUUCUGGUUGGUGGAAAGGGGGUACCACCAGACGUCCUUCAGUUUGUGUAAAGUCCAGACGAUGUUCUCCGUCAGCCAAAUGAAAACUGUUCCUUUACCUGUUGGGUUGAAUUAUUUUCCACGUGUUGAAACAUUUCUUCGUGUGUGUUUUCGUUAUUUAUUCUUCCUGGUGCUACCACUUUGGACUUGGUGUUAAAAAAUGAUUGUGAAAGUGCUCUUAAUGCUUUUUGGACAAACAUGUAUCACUGCAUUAAAUGUAUCUGGAGCCACAGAGUCUCACCCGGUCCUUUGAGUUUCAGUACAACCUGUAAACUGUUGCUGUAAAGACGAAGCUGCUGAGAUGUUUCUGAGUUCUCAUUAAAAACUACAUUUGUACCAUCGGACCAGUUCUGUGUGUAAAAGACGAUUGGAUCAGACUGUGGAGGUUCCCCUAAUAAAGUCUGAUCGUAACGCUUAUUAUAA